AUGCUGUUGGCAAGAGGCUGUUUGGGCCGUUCUAGAACACCAUUGGUAGUGAGUGACCAGGUUGCCGUGAUGGUGGGUGAUAUCGCUGAAAAGCCUUUGUCCUUUCAUCUCUUGGAUGUAGCGGAUAUCGAACGACAUUGUACCGGCUAA